AAAACUAAGCCCACAAGAGAAACUAGGUCAGCACAAAGAACAGCAAGUAAAGUUAUGGUAUCAUCUCUUGACAGAGAAACCGAAGAGACGAGAAGAAGAGAGUAAAAGCGAUGGCGUCGAAUGCAGCAGCGCCGUUUUGGAGGGCCGCCGGCAUGACCUACAUAACAUAUUCCAACAUCUGUGCUAAUCUUGUCAGAAACUGUCUCAAAGAACCAUACAAGACUGAAGCUCUUUCCAGGGAAAAGGUUCAUUUUGCUGUUACCAAGUUUGUCGAUGGAAAUCCUCAGAAACCCGUUGUUCGUUCGGAUUCUGGGACUGAAUGAGUUGAGGAGCUUGAUCCCUUAAAUGCCCAUUGGAGGAUCUUCCGCGAUGAACUUUCUUCUAUUUGUCUGUCUGGUAGAUUGGAAUUCGUUAGGUAUGUAAGGGCACAAUUUCAGACAAGACUUUGGAUUUGGCCUGGUACUGAAAUUGUAAUAAAUGUAACCGGUGCUAUCUACUCUUUUGACUAUACUGCAUCAUUUACCUUUCUUUGAGGAUCUAUGUGGAACAAUCCUGUGUUUUGAAGUUGUAACGGCCAAACUUCCCCGCAGAGUAAGUUAACAAUGUCAACUACAGCUUUUGCCAGAA